GAAAGGGAGAGAUGACCAAAGGGAUAAUAAGAGAAAAACGUCAGAAAGGACAGAGGAAAGGACGUAGUCUGUAGAAGGAAAAAGGAGGAAAGGGAAAAUGAAAGAAGGAGGGGAAAAUGCAGCAAGAAAGUAAUGAAGGAAGGAAGAGAGGACAGAGGAGAUGACCAGCACGCACUAAUGUUAUCUGUGCAUGGUCAAUGGAGUUGAGGAGUUCGGCAUCCUUGGUACUGUGGGACAAUGUGUAGGUCAUGAUGAAAAGUGGUGAGGAAGAGGGAAGAGCCCCUGCCUGAUGCCGUGUCUGUUCUCCAUGAGGGUGUGAUGUAGUCCUAUUAGAAUGUAUACUGGUAAAGGAGAAAAAGCCGAGGCAAAGAGGAAAAAGAACAGAGCUGGAGGACAGGACUGCAGAGAGGGAAUAAGGGGAUAGAGAAGAGAAGGGAUGAGGGAAGAACAGAGAGAAAGAAUAGCAAGCAGGAAGUAAGGAGACAAUCAAGAGAAAGAAGAUAAAGAAAGGAAGAGACGAUAAAGGAUCACUUUCCACAGAACAGUGGAUCGCUAUCACUGUCUACAGAAAGGUGGUGAGUGAGAGAAAGAAGGAAGGAAAUAAAGAAAGAAGGAGGAAAAAGCAAGUCAGGAAGAAAUGAAGGAAGGAAGUAAUAAAGGAAAGAAGAGGAGAAAAAAGAGAAAGAACGGAAGAAAUCAUGAAGGAGACGACAAGAGUGCAGCGAUAUUGUAGACGCUGAGGAGAUUUGGUCUCUAAGAACCUUCGUCUUCGUUAGAGUAGCGCGCUCAGGCGCUGAUGGUGCAUGUAAUUAACGCUGAUGGCUCCGUCUUUGAUGGUGUCCGCCGCGGCGCCGGAGGCGACUGGGAAGCCGCCAGCGAGGAUAAAGAAGAGAGAAGGGUGGAAGAAGAAAGGAGAGAGAAGUAAAGACUAGGGCGCGGCAGAGGAAGACUGAAAAGAACAAGGUAGAGAAGGAAGAAAAGGAAAAGAAAAAAGAACAGAGAAAAGGAAAAAACUAAUACAGAAAUGAGGAAGAAUAGAAACGAACGAAAAGAGAUAAAUGAAGGAAAAAAGAAUUCGAAAAAAGGAAAAGAAGAUAAGAAAGUAAGAGGGAGAAGGAAAGAGCAAAAAAGCAAUAAAAAAAAAAGAACGAAGAAAAAGAAAGAGGAGAAGGGAAGGAAGAGACGAGAGAGGAGAUGACGAGCUCGGGUCCGGGGACGCGUUUAGUGGUGUGGAGCGUGUGAGACGUCGGAGAAGCACACGGUGUCGCUGCAGGCUUAGAAAAGGCGUGGGAGCGUUGAGGCGGCUCCGCCCCGGUGCGGCAGAGAGCCCGGCUGUGAGCGCGGGGGGGCGGCGCGGGGCGGUGAGGAGAGCCGGUGCGUCCGGGCGGCGGCGGGGAGCCGUGCGGGGCCCGUGCGGGCGGCGGCGGCUGCUUGGGCGGCGGCGAUGGUCGUGAGUUGGUGUUCCGUGUUGCGGGUGGUGGUGGUGGUGGAGGCGGCGUGGGCGCUGGUCGCUGGUCAGGUGCGGUACUCUGUGCCGGAGGAAGCCAAGGCCGGGACGGUGGUGGGUCGUCUGUCGCAGGACCUGGGCCUGGAGGCGGGCGAAGCGGAGUCGCGGCGCCUGCGUCUGGUGUCGCAGGGCCGUCGUGCGAGCGUGGAGGUGAGCGGGGCGAGCGGGGCGCUGGUGGUGAGCUCGCGUCUGGACCGGGAGGAGCUGUGCGGGAAGAGCGCGCCGUGCGCCCUGCGCCUGGAGGUGCUGGUGGAGCGGCCGCUGCGCGUCUUCCACGUGGAGCUGGAGGUGACCGACAUCAACGACAACGCCCCGCUCUUCCCCGCCGCCCGCAAAAACCUGAGUUUACCGGAGAAUCCCCCUCCUGAAUCCCGGUUCCCGCUGGAGGGCGCGUCGGAUGCAGAUAUCGGAGCCAACGCGGAGCUCUCCUAUACACUCAGCCCCAGCGAGUAUUUUGGUUUGGAUUUACAGCGGAGUGAAGAAUACCGAGAAUCCCUGUUUCUGGUGCUCAGGAAACCGCUGGACCGCGAGACUUUGCCUGUGCACCGUUUAGUGUUGACGGCGAGUGACGGUGGCCGUCCGUCACUGACAGGCACGGUGGAGCUGUUGAUCUCGGUGCUGGACGCCAACGACAAUGCGCCCCAGUUCAACCAGUCAGUGUAUAAAGUGCAGCUGCCGGAGAACGCUGCAGAGGGGACGCUGGUGGUGCGUGUGAACGCCACGGACCCGGACGAGGGAAAUAAUGCCGACGUGUCGUUCACUCCGAUCAAUACUUUUCCCCCAAAGGGAUUAAAUCUUUUCCUUUUAAAUCCAAAGACGGGUGAGAUCAGACUGACUGGUCUCCUGGACUUUGAGGACGUUCGUUCAUACGAGAUACAAAUCGAAGCGACAGAUAAGGGGAUUCCACCACUGUCCGGUCACUGCAAAGUGGUGCUGGAGGUGGUGGACGUGAACGACAACGCGCCGGAGGUGUGGGUGACGUCGCUGUCGGUGCCGGUGUCGGAGGACGCGGCGGUGGGGACGGUGGUGGCGCUGCUGAGCGUGUCGGACCGGGACUCGGGGUCGAACGGGCGCGUGCGGUGCGCGGUGUGGCCGGCGUCGCCGUUCGGUCUGGUGUCGACGUUCGCGGGGUCGUACUCGCUGGUGCUGCGGGAGGCGCUGGACCGGGAGCGGGUGUCGGAGUACGAGGUGGAGGUGCGUGCGGAGGACGGCGGGUCGCCGCCGCUGCGCGCCAGUCGCGGGGUGCGUGUGCCGGUGUCGGACGUGAACGACAACGCGCCGGCGUUCGCGCAGGCGGUGUACACGGUGCUGGCGCGGGAGAACAACGCGGCGGGCGCGGAGCUGGCGCGUGUGUGGGCGCGGGACCCGGACGAGGCGGGCAACGGGCGCGUGAGCUACUCGGUGUGGGAGGGCGGUGUCGGGGGCGCGUCGUCGGGCGGGGGGUGGCGGUCGGCGUCGAGCUACGUGUCGGUGGACGCGGAGAGCGGGCGGCUGUGGGCGCUGCGGCCGUUGGACUACGAGGAGGUGCAGGUGCUGCAGUUCGAGGUGCGUGCGGUGGACGCGGGGGAGCCGUCGCUGUGCGGCAACGCCACGGUGCAGGUCUUCGUGGUGGACGAGAACGACAACGCGCCGGCGCUGCUGCCGGCGUCGGGCGGCGGCGCGUGGUCCGGGUCGUCGUCGGAGGCGGCGUCGGUGCCGGUGCCGGGGUCGGGGUCGGUGUGGGCGUGGGCGUGGGCGUCGUGGGGGACGCCGGCGGGGCAGGUGGUGGCGAAGAUCCGGGCGGUGGACGCGGACUCGGGCUACAACGCGUGGCUGCGCUACGAGCUGUGGGAGCCGCGGGGGAAGGGCCCGUUCCGCGUGGGGCUGUACAGCGGCGAGGUGAGCACGGCGCGGGCGCUGGAGGAGGCGGACGGCCCGCGGCAGCGGCUGGUGAUCGUGGUGCGUGACCACGGGGAGCCGUCGCUCUCGGCCACGGCCACGCUGAGCGUGUCGCUGGUGGAGGGCGGCGAGGCGGCGCUGGCGGCCGCGGGCUCGUCGUCGUCGUCGUCGUUGUCGGGGGUAGGGCUGCGUCCGGCGGAGGGCGGCGCGUCGGUGUCGUCGUCUGCGGCGACGAACGUGUGGCUGGUGGUGGCGAUCUGCGCGGUGUCGAGCCUGUUCCUGCUGGCGGUGGUGCUGUACGUGGCGUCGCGGUGGGCGCCGCGGGCGGCCGUGCUGUCGGGGCCCGGUGCGGCGACGCUGGUGUGCGCCAGCGAAGUGGGGAGCUGGUCGUACUCGCAGCGGCAGAGCCGGAGCCUGUGCGUGGCGGACGGCGCGGGCAAGAGCGACCUGAUGGUUUUCAGCCCCAACUUCCCGCCGCCGCCGGCGCCGGCGCCCGUCCCCGCGGCGAAGGAGUCGAAUCCGGAGGCGCCCGCUCUCCUGGACACGGUCAGUGGCCCUCCCUUUCUCGCCUCUCGACCGUUUCCCUUUUCUCGCCCUUCUUUCCCUCCUGUCCCGUCCCCUGAUCAGUCGCUGUUGGGAGGGGUGCCUCAUCCCGCGGGGGCGGUGGGUGGUUGUCGGGUGCUUAAGGAUGUGAAUGGGACCUGUUAA